AUGACCGAGGAAAUUGACGACGAGCUCUAUACUUACUUGGGAUCAUCGGGUCUUCAAAUCUCGAGACUUGUUGUUGGAUGCAUGUCCAUCGGCACCAAGCAGUUUGGUGAAUGGGUGGUGAGUGACAAGAACCAAGCUUUUGCCAUAUUGAAAAGAGCUUACGACCGCGGCAUCCGUACGUACGACACCGCCAAUUUCUACUCAAAUGGGGCAUCGGAGCGUCUUUUGGGAGAGUUUUUGAAAGAAUAUUCGAUCCCAAGACAUAGCGUUGUGAUCUUUACGAAAGUGUUCUUUCCAACAGAGGAUAAUAACCCUGAUUUUUCUUCAAUAAAACCUGUUGGAAAGAAUCCGAGGUCCAGCGUGUUGGUCAACAGAUUGGGACUAUCCAGAAAACACAUCCUAGACUCCGUGGAGGAUUCUGUAAAGAGACUAGGGACCUUCAUUGAUCUCUAUCAAAUUCACCGAUUCGACCCAAACACGCCAAUUGAAGAGACCAUGAAGGCGCUACACGACGUUGUGGAGUCUGGGAAAGCGAGAUACAUUGGUGCCUCCUCGAUGAGAGCAUACCAAUUUGUGAUGAUGCAAAAUGUAGCCGAGAAAAACGGUUGGUCCAAGUUCAUUUCGAUGCAGGACUACUACAACUUGAACUACAGAGAGGACGAGAGAGAAAUGAUCCCUUAUUGCAAUUUGACCGGCGUCGGUCUUAUUCCUUACUCUCCUAAUGACAGAGGAUUCUUGACCCGCCCAUUCAGCGCUAUAAUCGACGAUGCUUCAAGAUCCAAAAGUCUUUCCCAUAACCUCACCGAUGCUGAAAAGGAGGUUAUUACCAGAGUAGAGAACGUGGCCAAAAAACACAACGUUUCCAUGUCAGCGAUCGCUCUAGCCUGGCUUCUGCAUAAAGGCGCAAACCCAAUUGUGGGGUUUUCGAAACCUGAAAGAGUUGACGAUGCACUCACUGCCAUUGCUUUGAAGUUGAGUGACUCUGAUAUUGAAUUUUUAGAGGAAGCCUAUGUGAGCAAGCCUCUCUCCUUCUUUUUCGAGCAGAAAAAGUAUCAUUGA